AUUAGAACCUCUGGAGGCAGAGGGAGAGACUUUCCCAGAUGCCACCACCGCUGCCAAGCAGCUGCAUUCCUCGCCAGGGAAUUCCUCCAGGCAAGAGGACUUAGAGACACCCGCCCGCAGUCUGGGGGAGGACGCUUUGCUGGGCUCUGGCCGCGAACAGGAGACUUCCCGGGGUGCGAGAGGUGUGCCGGGGUCGCCCACCCAGGAGCGGCCGGCAGGAGGACUAAGCGAGGCCCCUGACGGAGUCCCCAGCCUGUGUGCCGAAGGAGGCUCUCCGGGGCCCCUAGACGCGCGCAGCCAGCCCCCCGAGGACGCAUCUGCUCCGACAGGUGACUCUGCAGCCGAGGGCGCGGAGAAUAGGGGCGGCACGGGGCAGGCCAACGGCACAGCCCGGCCCGAAAAGCGCGAUUCCCAGCCGGGCGACCGCGCUCAUCCCGCCAAAGUGUUGACUCUGGACAUCUACUUGAGUAAGACUGAAGUGGAGCAGGUGGACGAGCCGGUCGUGAUUACUGCCAGGGCAGAAGAUUGCGGCGACUGGGACGACAUGGAGAAGAGGUCGAGCGGUCGCAGGUCGGGGAGGCGGAGGAAGUCGCAGAAAUCCACCGACUCCCCCGGUGCAGACGCCGAGCUACCCGAGAGCACGGCGAGGGACGACGCGGUGUUCGACGACGAGGUGGCGCCAAACCCGGCCACCGACAGCGUCUCCGGCGAAAAGAAAGUGAAAUCUCCGCGGGCGGCCUCCGACGGGGGCGUUGCCUGCGCCGCGAGCGCGGAGUCCAAACCCAGCCCCGGCCCCAGAGGGCAGCUCCGAGGGGAGUCGGAGCGGAGCAAACAGCCGCUCCCGACCUCGUCCCCCACCAAGCGGAAGGGCAGGAGCCGCGCCCCCGAGGCCGUGCCCUCCCCGCCCGCCGGCGGCCUGCGGGCUCCGGGCAGGGAGUCCCAAGGCACCAAGGGCGCGGCGGCCGAGAGCGGGGAGGAGGCUCGGGUCGCCCCCCGCGAGCUCACAGUCCGGAGCAGCUCGCUGCUGCCGGAGAUCAAGCCCGAGCACAAGCGGGGCCCGCUGCCCAACCACUUCGACGGCCGGGCGGAGGGAGGUCGAAGCAAAGAGCUGGGCAGAUCGGCAGGAGCCUCUGGAGCUGCUGACGCCGACGGCUGGAAGCCCAGGAACCAUUUCGGUGCGGGCAGGUCGACGGUGACUACCAAAGUGACCCUCCCUGCCAAGCCCAAACAUGUGGAACUAAAUCUUAAAACCCCUAAGAAUCCUGACAGCUUGGGAAGUGAACAUAAUCCAUUUAGCCAGCCAGUUCAUAAAGGAAACACUGCCACUAAAAUCUCCUUAUUUGAAAACAAACGGGCAAAUAAUAGCCCAAGACACACUGACAUUCGAGGCACAAGGAACACGCCUGCCGCUAAUAAAACAUUUGUUGGAAGGGCAAAGCUGAAUUUAGCUAAAAAAGCCAAAGAGAUGGAGCAACCUGAGAAGAAAGUAAUGCCAAACAGUCACCAGAACAGUGUGCUGGUGAAGGAAACCUCUGCAGAAGCCAAAGUUCCUCUCGCUGAAGAAGAGAUUCUGCCAGCAACCGGAGGAAUGAAAGCAGUGCCUGCUGAGGAUCAAGCUCUUGGUUCUCAGCCUAACCAAGGUGAUAAAGCAGAUGUGCAAACAGAUGCUGGCUGUCCUUCAGAACCAGUGGCUACUGCUCUGAUUCCUGUCAAGGACCAUGAGCUCUUAAGAGAGGAUGACUCAAAGACUGCUGACAGCAAAAGACGUGUUCUUGAAAAUAUGACUGAUAUAGCACAAGAUGUCUCCACCAUCGUUAAUACCAAAGAUUUACCUCCAACAGCCUUACCAAAGCCACAGGAUGAAUUUUCUGACUCACAGCCCCCAGCGGAGUCAUCUAAUGGGCCUUCUCUCUCGCUGUCCACACCCAUUCCUGUGGAUGUUCCCAAAGACUCCUGUGUUCAGUCUCGCAUAAGCAAUCUUCCAUGCACUGAUCUAAAAGUGUCAGAAAACCGUGAAGGAUGUAUUUUGCCUGUGUCUCAUCAGAGUAAUGAGAAAAUGCCACUCUCCAAACCUGGAGGAGAAACAAGCCUGCCUUUGUCCGCAGAGCCCAGUCCGGAGGCUGUGGGAAGUGAGUGUCCAUCCAAGGUCCUAGUCCAGGUCAGGUCUUUCGUGCUCCCCGUGGAGAGCACCCAGGACGUGAGCUCCCACAUCAUCUCAGAUAGCUCUGAAGUUAGAGAAAUGCAGUUGCCAAGUUGUCACAAUAAUGAACUUGAGGUGGUUUCCGUUGCAAGUUGUGCUCCCCAGCAAGAGGAAGUAGUGGGCCAUAAGAGCACAUCACCCAAACACACUCAUUGCCAAGCAGAACAUGUGGCCAAAUCUGCCCUGCAAGUCAUGCCGUCAGAAUCAGAGAGAACUCUGCCCAUUCAGGCGCAAAGUCAGGGCAACAAAACACCCCUGGCGUCUGAAUCCAGUCCUGCCAACUCUCCCAACAGCAGAAAUCAUUUAGAAACUGCUCAAAAGUCAGAUCAGAAUGUUGUGAAUGGCCAAGGUAGCCCUGCCAGUCUUUUGAAUGUUUCUGCUGAUAGUGAUGAUAGUGUAUUCGAUUCUUCUUCUGAUAUGGAAAAAUUCACUGAAAUUAUAAAAAAGAUGGAUAGCGCAGUUUGUGUGCCCCAGAAGAAAAAGAAGGCCAGGGUGCCCAACUCUCCCGCCCCUCACUUUGCCAUGCCUCCGAUUCAUGAAGACAAUUUAGAAAAGGUGUUUGAUCCCAACGUGUUUACCUUUGGUUUGGGGAAGAAGAAGGAAAGCCAAUCAGAAAUGUCACCGGCUUUACAUUUGAUACAGAACCUUGACACAAAAUCCAAACUGAGACCCAAACGUGCAUCUACCGAACAGAGUAUUCUCUUCAAGUCCUUGCACACUAACCCUAAUGGGAAAAAUGAAACUGUGGUGACUCCAGAAAUAAAUGACAAAGAGAACAGGGACAUCACAAAUGGUGGAGUUAAGAGAUCGAGGCUAGAAAAAAGUGCGCUUUUUUCAAGCUUGUUGUCUUCCCUGCCACAAGACAAAAUCUUUUCUCCCUCUGUGACAUCAGUCAAUACUAUGACCACAACUUUCAGCACUUCUCAGAACGGUUCCCUAUCUCAGUCUUCAGUGCCACAGCCUAUGGCUGAGGGUGCCCCGCCCUGCGGUUCGAACAAACAACAGCCAAAUCUUCCACCCAACAACUCCUUGAAGGUCUUCAACUUCGACUCAUCAAAUACGUCUCAUUCAGGUUUGAAAAGUCCAAGCCACAUGGAAAAAUCCCUGCAAAAAGAGGAAACCAAAGAAGAUCUAGAUUCACGAAGCAGCCUACUCUUGCCAGAAACUAAAUUUUCUGAAUUUUCAAAGCUGAAGAAUAAUGACAAUAUGGAAAAGGCUAAUCAUAUUGAAAGUGUUUUAAAAUCAAACUUGCCAAACUAUGGAAAUAGCGACACCGACUUCGUGGGUCUUUUCAAAUCAAGCCGGUUUGACCCAAGCAUUUCUUUUUCUGGAAUGUCAUUAUCAGAUACAAUGACUUUUAGAGGAAAUGUACAAAAUAAACUCAAUCCCCGACCUGGAAAGGUAGUGAUAUACAGUGAACCCGAUGUCUCUGAGGAGUGCAUUGAAGUUUUCAGUGACAUUCAGGAUUGCAGUUCUUGGAGCCUCUCUCCAGUGAUACUCAUAAAAGUUGUAAGAGGAUGUUGGAUUUUGUAUGAGAAGCCAAAUUUUGAAGGGCACUCUAUCCCCUUGGAAGAAGGAGAACUGGAACUCUCUGGUCUCUGGGGUAUAGAAGAAAUUUUGGAAAAGAAUUGGGAAGGAGAGUCUGAUAAGCCUGUGGUGAUUGGUUCAAUCAGACUCAUGGUCCAGGAUUACAGAAUUAGUCAAAUCGACUUAUUUACUGAACCAGAAGGGUUAGGACUCCUAAAUUCCUACUUUGAUGAUACUGAAGAAAUACAGGGAUUUGGUGUAAUGCAGAAGACUUGUUCCAUUAAAGUACAUCAGGGCACAUGGCUGAUUUACGAAGAACCUGGAUUUCAGGGUAUCCCUUUCAUCCUGGAACCUGGUGAAUACCCUGACUUAUCCUUCUGGGAUACCGAAGCAGCGUACAUCGGAUCCAUGCGGCCUCUGAAAAUGGGUGGCCGUAAAGUUGAAUUCCCUACCGAUCCAAAGGUAGUUAUUUAUGAAAAGCCUUUCUUUGAAGGAAAAUGUAUGGAACUAGAAGCAGAUGUGUGCAGUUUUAUCACAGAAGGAGGUGAAACAGAAGACACAGCUGGAGACGAUCGUUUGCCAUUUACGUCAGUGGGGUCUAUGAAAGUUCUGAGAGGCAUCUGGGUUGCGUAUGAGAAGCCUGGAUUUACUGGUCAUCAGUAUUUGCUAGAAGAAGGAGAAUACAGGGACUGGAAAGACUGGGGAGGUUACAAUGGAGAACUUCAGUCUUUACGACCUAUAUUAGGUGAUUUUUCAAAUGCUCACAUGAUAAUGUACAGUGAAAAAAACUUUGGAUCCAAAGGUUCCAGUAUUGAUGUAUUGGGGAUUGUUGCUAAUUUAAAGGAGACUGGAUAUGGAGUGAAGACACAGUCUAUUAAUGUACUGAGUGGAGUAUGGGUAGCCUAUGAAAAUCCUGACUUCACAGGAGAACAGUAUAUACUGGAUAAAGGCUUUUAUACCACUUUUGAGGACUGGGGAGGCAAAAAUUGUAAGAUCUCUUCUGUUCAACCCAUAUGUUUGGAUUCUUUCACUGGCCCAAGGAGACGCAAUCAGAUUCACUUGUUUUCAGAACCACAGUUUCAAGGUUACAGUCAAUGUUUUGAAGAAACAACAGGUCAAAUUGAUGAAUCAUUUUCUACUAAGUCCUGCAGAGUUUCCGGAGGCAGCUGGGUUGCAUAUGAUGGAGAAAACUUCUCUGGGAAUCAGUACGUAUUGGAGGAAGGCCAUUACCCUUGUCUCUCCGCAAUGGGCUGCCUGCCUGGAGCAACUUUCAAGUCUCUCCGUUUUAUAGAUGUUGAAUUUUCUGAACCAACAAUUAUUCUUUUUGAAAGAGAAGACUUCAAAGGAAAAAAGGUUGAACUCAAUGCAGAAACGGUUAAUCUCCGAUCCCUGGGAUUCAACACGCAAAUACGCUCUCUUCAGGUUAUUGGUGGCAUAUGGGUUACUUAUGAAUAUGGCAAUUACAGAGGUCGACAGUUCCUACUGUCACCAGCAGAAGUACCUAAUUGGUAUGAAUUCAGUGGCUGUCGCCAAAUAGGUUCUCUACGACCUUUUGCUCAGAAACGAAUUUGUUUCAGACUUCGAAACAAAGCAACAGGGUUAUUCAUGUCAACCAAUGGAAACCUAGAGGAUCUGAAGCUUCUUAGAAUACAGGUCAUGGAGGAUGUUGGUGCUGAUGAUCAGAUUUGGAUUUAUCAAGAAGGAUGCAUCAAAUGCAGGAUAGCAGAAGACUGCUGUCUGACGAUUGUGGGCAGCCUGGUGACAUCUGGCUCUAAACUCGGCCUGGCCCUUGACCAGAAUGCGGACAGUCAGUUCUGGAGCAUGAAGUCGGAUGGCAGAAUCUACAGCAAGUUGAAGCCAAAUUUAGUUUUAGAUGUCAAAGGGGGUACACAGUAUGAUCAAAAUCACAUUAUCCUCAACACCGUCAGCAAAGAGAAGUUAACGCAAGUGUGGGAAGCCAUGGUCCUAUAAACCUCAACAAAGAAGGCAGAAGGAAUCUUUCUGGAGGUCUUUCCAGCCACCUUAUUUAAAAACAAAAGGACAAUGCUGAUGGGCAAGCCAAUUCGAAAGUGGAUCUACUCCUUCAAUAACUCUAAAUUCCAUCUUGAAUCAUACUGCCAUGACUGAAUUGUCUCAUCCUUUCAAAAGACUAUAAUAGUUUUAAACCAGUAAUCUGUCCUCCUUUCAUUUCUUGCCUUUCGUUUCCUUUUAGUAGCUGCUUAAACAGGUUGCCUUAUUAGCAGCUUUUGGAUGUUUUUUAAAAAUGUUAUAUCAAAACUAUGUACAUUUUAAAUUAUUUCCAAAGAUAGUGACAGGAGAGGACAGGAACAAAGGAACAAAUUUACCAACUUUGUGGACCUACAAAUCCCUUACACUUUAAAGGGAAGGAUAAAAGCUCAGGUCCGUAAGGUAGAGGACUGUUUAGCAUCUGAGAAGAAAUACUUCAUUAGGCCUGUAAUUUUGGUUCUUGGCCUUAACAUUUUCUAGAACCAUUAUGCUGCAAAGAUUGAAAGCCUUAGGUAUUCAGAUGUAUUUUAAGGAACUCAGUCAGUAAACUAAAAUACUAUUUUCUUUCAGUUAAUAUUAAAAAUUAGUAAAUUUACAAAAUUUCAUGUCCAUGUCUACUAACAUUAUCAGCAGGAUUUGAAUUAUUUUACCCAUCGGUUGCCCUAGAAUGUCACAAGUAAGUGUUGUUUAAUGCCUUUCUCACAGCUGCUGCUGGAACACUAUUACUAUGACCUAAUUUAUUAGCCCGUCCUUACUCAUCUACAACAGUGCUGAAGCCAUGUUAUGUAAUUUUUUACUGAACUCGGAUCUUUUAGCCUAAUUUCCUGCCCUCAUAUCUCCCUGCAUGGGGCUGCCUUCCCUGACGCGUUCCACAGCUGCACUCUGGGGCCCUGCUGAAAGCGGGCAGCCUCAGGUCUGGGGUACGGCAGCCCCUACGUCACUGCCUUCUGGCAGCAAAAGAGAGAGGUGUGGAAGGCUCAAGAGAACGCCAAGCAACUAUCUCCAGGAUGAGAAGGGAAGGAAACCUUAAGUGAUGUUUGGUCAAAUCUUAGAACUCUGAGAACCCUAAAAUGCAGUAAGAAUUUCAAGAAUGCAAAUGGAAACUGUUUAACUGCUGACAAUACACUGGCCCAUACAGUGCUGUUCAAAUAGUGGGUUCUAGUUUUGAACAAAACUGCUAAACAUUUCCUUGAAUACAUGUCUUCUGCUUUAUUGUCCUUGUCACUAAAUACUGGUGCUCUUGUCACAGGUAGAACAAAUCUUGUUUCCUUUUCAUCUGUUCAAGUGUGUUUCCAGUUCUAAGUUGAGCCUCUCUAGAGUCUCUGGUAGGCAAUCAUGGUCAUUAUAUCUUCAGUUUUAAAAUACGUUUUGCACGUGUGCAAUGGCAUCCAGCAGGCAUUACAUGUACAGCUCUGGCUUUAGGCCUUUUUGUGCAUAUCAUUACAGUACGGUG